AAUUUUGGAACCUCAGUUCAAUCGAUGCAUCGAUAUGCAUCGUUGAUGUAUUGAUCCUAGCGGAACUACGGGCCUCAGCUUGACCAGCCAAAUACCACUAUGUCACUUCCCCACAAGAAUGAGGAGUACGGUACCGAAGUAUACUGGGAUAAAAGAUAUGAGCAAGAAGCAGAGGAUGCCUCUUUCGACUGGUUCAAGACCUAUGCGGAUGUUGCGGAUGACAUCCGCAAGCUCAUUCCUACCAGAGAUGCACGCAUCCUAAUGCUCGGUUGUGGAAAUUCAAAGUUUUCGGAGGAUAUGUGGGAAGAUGGGUACAAAAAUAUUGUCAAUGUUGAUUAUUCACCUGUUGUGAUCGAUAAAAUGCGCAACCGGCACAAAGAUUUACGCCCGGAGAUGACAUGGGAAGUGAAGGACGUUCGGACUCUAGACGGUCUAGAUAACUCAUCCUUUGAUGUCGCCAUCGACAAAGGGACGAUGGACGCAAUGAUGACGUCUUCCACAGAUGUCUGGGAUCCACCGGAGCAAGUGAUUAAAGACUGCACAGCAGAGGUAUCUCAGGUAUUACGCGUACUUAAGCGAGAUGGCAUCUUCAUCUACAUCACCUUCGGACAACCGCACUUCCGAAGACGAUUUCUCACUGGUGCACAUAUAUCGCGCAAGACUUCACUUGAGAUCAACCAACUGGGAGAAUCUUUCCAUUACUAUAUGUAUACCCUGCGGAUGCUAUGACGGCUCUUGACCAGAUUACACAAUAUUGGUCCUCUGAAUUAUGUUCCAAGCUUGUGACGCUCAGAUACCCCUGUGAAUGUAUGAAAUAAACACC